GAUUCAAGUGGAGGGGAUUUUGGAAGGGAAAAGUCCUGUGUGUCCCAGGAGGAUUGGGAUUUUCCAUAUUUACUCUCCCCUGAUGACUUAGAAAGAUAGACAGAUUCAUCAUGCUGAUAUCUUCUAUAAACUAUGCUUCAGGAGCACUAUAUGUAAAGGGAGCAAACACCCGAGAAAGACGAAACAUUACAGGAAGAGUGAGGGUGCAAGGCAGGAGAGAGCUUCUCUUUUCAACGUUAGCAGCUGUCGAGCUCAGUGACUCCAGAACCGAGCUUCUUAACAAGUUUUUAAAGAAAUCUGAAGAGAACAAGGAGAAAAAUGACAAGGAGAGGCUGGAGAGCUACUAUAAGCGCAACUACAAAGACUAUUUUGGUGUGAUAGAAGGGACUCUGAGGCAAAAGGUGCAAAACAAAGAGCAACUUACUGAAUCAGAGCAGAGGAUUCUCGAAUGGCUUGACAAAAACAAGUAAAUAACUAUGACUAGAUGUAAGAGAAUAUGUCUGUUCAGAUAAAUCUUGUGUUUUGAAGGAAAGUUAAAGCAUUUGAAAUGCAGAGAUAGAGCAAUCAAGAACAUUGGCACCAACAGUUUUUCCCUCAUUCUGCUACUUCAUUUCAAUCAGUGUAUUUGCUUUAAUUUAAUAA